GGUUAGGGGCGCAGGCCCGCGCCGGGGCUCUUCGCGGGCUGGUCUUUGUCUCCCGAUGCUCGGCUCCUGACAUCUCUCCGGGCGGCGUGCGGUUCCAUGGUGUGCUAAGGCCCUCUGCAAACUGGUCUUUGACUUCCCUGUUCAGGCUUCUCUACAACUACUUCCCAAACAUCCUCCAUCAUGUUCCAGUCUAAGAGCCUUCUUGUGCAACUUUUCACUCACACCAUUUUCUCCAUCUGCCUUGCCUCUACUUCCCACCCCAGCUCUGCCUGGUGAAACCAUACCCAUUCUUCAGAGACCCACUUGUCUUCUGCAAGGGAAUCUGGAAAACUUGUGCGCAAAACAUCAUUUCUCUAAGAAAAUUUUGGAUAACAGAAAUUCUGGAUAACAGGGCGAACCAGUUCAGUCACCAUGAGUUGGAGCUUCCUCACUCGCCUGCUAGAGGAGAUCCACAACCACUCCACGUUUGUGGGGAAGAUCUGGCUUACUGUAUUGAUCGUCUUCCGGAUUGUCCUUACAGCUGUAGGAGGAGAGUCCAUCUAUUACGACGAGCAAAGCAAAUUUGUGUGCAACACAGAGCAGCCAGGCUGCGAGAACGUCUGCUAUGAUGCCUUUGCACCCCUCUCCCACGUGCGCUUCUGGGUGUUCCAGAUCAUCCUGGUGGCCACCCCCUCAGUGAUGUACCUGGGCUAUGCCAUUCAUAAGAUCGCCAAAAUGGAGCACAGUGAAGCAGACAAGAAGGCCACUCGGAGCAAACCCUAUGCAAUGCGUUGGAAACAACACCGGGCACUGGAAGAAACAGAAGAGGACCAUGAAGAGGAUCCCAUGAUGUAUCCAGAAAUGGAAUUAGAAAGUGAAAAAGAAAAUAAAGAUCAGAACCAAUCUAAACCUAAGCAUGAUGGCCGACACCGGAUUCAGGAGGAUGGGCUCAUGAAAAUCUACGUGCUGCAGCUGCUGGCAAGGACCGUGUUUGAGGUGGGUUUUCUGAUAGGGCAGUACUUUCUGUAUGGCUUCCAAGUCCACCCAUUUUAUGUGUGCAGCAGGCUUCCUUGCCCUCAUAAGAUAGACUGCUUUAUUUCUAGACCCACUGAAAAGACCAUCUUUCUUCUGAUAAUGUAUGGUGUUACAGGCCUUUGCCUAUUGCUUAACGUUUGGGAGAUGCUUCAUUUAGGAUUUGGGACAAUUCGAGACUCACUAAACAGUAAAAGGAGGGAACUGGAAGAUCCGGGUGCUUAUAAUUAUCCUUUCACUUGGAACACACCAUCUGCUCCCCCUGGCUAUAACAUUGCCGUCAAACCAGAUCAAAUCCAGUACACCGAACUGUCCAACGCUAAGAUUGCCUACAAGCAAAACAAGGCCAACAUCGCCCAGGAACAACAGUAUGGCAGCCAUGAGGACAACCUCCCAGCUGACCUGGAGACUCUGCAGAGGGAAAUCAAAAUGGCUCAGGAACGCCUGGAUCUGGCAAUCCAGGCCUACAAUCACCAAAACAACCCCCAUGGUCCCCGGGGAAAAAAAGCCAAAGUGGGGUCCAAAGCUGGGUCCAACAAAAGCAGUGCUAGUAGCAAAUCAGGGGAUGGGAAGACCUCCGUCUGGAUUUAAUCUUGGCUGGGCUUAAAACUUGUGCUUUUCAUAGUUCAUGGUAAGCAGCGGCUCACUGAAUAAUGACUUCCAUUGAGUAAACAUUUGGCUCUGGUUAUUUUCAGGGAUGCUGUUGGCUCAUGAUGCAAGCUCAGGGGACUCUGAAGGUGGGGCUGGGACAAAGGGGAAAGAACGGGGAACACUGUUCCUGGACACAUGUUCCAGCAAUAAUACAGUUGCAGAACUUUACAUUUGUGUCUUCCAGAUCUGGAAAAGAACAGAUAUAUUUAAAUCAUUCUUGUUGAACAGUUUUUGUAUGUACAGUAUUAUGGUACUUUUUUUUUGUAUUUGUAUAUUGGACCACUGUAGUUAUACUUUUAUAUUAAAGGGGAAAUAAUUCUUAAGGUAAUGCCUAUUAGGCUAGUGUUAUUACUUUGUUCAGCAAAUUCUACCCUGGAUUUAAAGUUUUAAUAGAUGCUACAUACCUAAUAAAAGUGCCUCUCGUGUUGCAGGGAAGAUUUCAGAUAUGUAAGGAGCCGGAGGAAGAUGAAUCAGUUCUCAGUCUUGGAAAGAAAGUCCAUAGUAGAGCGAGGUUGAGAUCUCUCUUUGACUUGAGAAAUCUUUGAAUCUCAUUCAUGUGUCCAGAGUUGUAUCUAGUCUUUGAAAACCUAUUUGUGUUUUCAAAGAAGAUAAAGUGAUUCACUGCAGAAGUCCUUUAAAUAUCAAGCCUUGCCAGUAUAUGCUUUGAUGGUGUGUAUAUAAUGUCAGUUCUUUCAAAAGGCUGAUGCACAAAGGUGUCCUCAUCCAGUAGCAGUGUGGAGACCCUGGCUAGAACUGUUCUAAGAUUCCUCUGUCACAAAACAAAGGCACACCUGGAAAAUAAGCCCUGAUAAGAUGUUUAGUUGUGGACCUGUUUGAUUUGCCUUAAAUCUGUAUCCAAAAACCUGCCACUCUGGUUUCUUAAGAAGCCAGUGAUGGAUAUUUUUUUUAUAUGUUAACAGUAAAAACACAAAAAUUCCCUUCUAGGCUAAAAAUUAAUCAAAGCUACCUUAAACUGCAUAUGGCAGAAGGCCUAAAUUCAAAUUCCUUAUUUUUUAUAAUUCACCAUGGAACUUUUAUAAUUUACAUAUUUUUGCCAAUGUAGGUUUCUGCCUGGAAGACCAGUCAGACCUGGGAUUCUAUCUGUAAAUAGACCGAAAGAGAAUUUCAAUAUUUAUUUGCUAUAGGCAUAUCUAUUUGUUAAUGACAAGCAUUAAUGUUCACGUAACACUCGUAAUUUGCAGUAGUAUUUUAUUGCCAUUUUCAACCUUCUGUUAUGUUGGAGAACUUUGCUCUCCUGUCAUGUUCACAUCAUUUGUCUUACAGUUUAUGAGCUUCUGAGUAAGAGCUUGGUAAAGGUUUAAAGGAAGGGGUGUUUGCUUCACCAGGGAGCAUUUCAUUUUGGGUAUCUCACUCUCUUCUAACAGAAAGUUAUUGCAAGCCACCUCCAACUUUGGAAUUCCAAGAGUGUUAUUUUUUUGUCUUAAUUUUUAAAUGUCAGUUCUCUAUUCUUAGAACAGCGUCCUGUAUGCAGUUCUUUUUUUCUUUGUUGUUCUCCAUUGCAUUUCUCCCCCACGCCCCGCAAAAGACACUCAGUUGAAAAUUUAAGCUUAUCUUCUAAUCAUGAAUUUACCUUUAUUUUGCUUUUUUUAAUCUGUAAAUUUUAGCCUAGCGAAGUUCCUCAGGAUCUCGAAACACUUAAGCAAAAGGUAAACUCCAGUGAGACUAAAGGGGAAAUUUCAGAAAAUGAUUUAUACAUGUAUGUAUCCUUGAUAAUUAAUAGACCUGCGCAGUUUCCUUGAAACCAAGUGUUUAAUAAGGAAUUUCAAAUAAUUAUUCUAAAACAGGGAAGAUUUUAAAUACUUCAGGCCAGCUAAGAUAAAGAACUACCAAUAAUUCUUAUGUCAGUAGAACUUCACGUAUAUUUCUUAAUUGAAGGACAGAAAAAAUACACAUACAUUCACAUCCAUCUAUUCAGAGCCUGAAGGAGAACAGAGUGGCUUUGCCAGUGGGAGGGUUGGGGAUCUGAGUGAGAGAGAGGGAAGGAGUCAAGCAGAAAUGCCAGGCAGACAUUCGGCGCCAGAAGCAUCCACUUAGUUUCUACAAACAGGGCCCCUGGUGUUUCAUCUGGGCUUGUUCUGAUGAGAAUGUUAUCUUCUGUGUCUGGAUAAUUCUUCAACUUCCUCGAGUACAUAGAAAGAUAUUCUGGGUCACUUCACAUGUGUUAAAGUCUAUUUUUAUUCUCUCACUAAAGUUCUAAUUAUGACAUAGAUUUCCCAACUCUCACUGCUUUCUUAGUCCAUUUCUUUCAGCCUUUGAACAUUUGAGUUUGCCAAGGCCAUUCUCCCCUAACAACAUGUCAUGGACCUACAUUAAGAAAACGGCCCUGUCAGUGUCUAGCUUAUUAAUGCAUUAACUGGGUCUACAUUGAGUCUAUAAAAAUAUUGUUCCAGUUACUGUUCUGGAACUUGCAGGUAUUUGUAUAAAACACCUGUCAGCAGGGUUUUUUUUUUUUCCCUAUCAAAAUCGUUCCUUUGAAUUGCUGUGUAAGACAUGCUCUGUUGUAUGACAUUUGCUUCUCUAAAUAGAAGUUGAGUGCUUAGUCCUUCACAGACUACAAUCAGGAUAUGGUCAACAACAUGUUACAUUCCUUAACGUACAGUUGGAUUUAUUCAGAUGUGGUGUGUCCUUUGUUCAUCUUUGUUACAGUCUGUUAUUCAGAAGAGAUUUGUAAAACAAAUAGGCUUUUUUUCUUAGUUCAAAUUUGAGGGAAGAAUUAUAUAACUUUUUCCCCUAAAGAAAUGUUACUGUUCAUUUUGUGGCUUCCUCUUUGCUUUAUGCCUUAGUUUCGCCUGUCUCUAUAUUUGUUCAUUUAAAACCACAAGCGUGUUACUUCAUUGAAGUCAGUUUGGGGAUUUUCCUUGACUGACGUCUAUAGACUUUUGCUAAAAAGGAACUUUGCCAUCUAAAAUGGUUCUCACAGGUUAGGGCUCCCACAUAUCUGUCUUUUAGAAGGACACCUAUAUCUUUAAAAAGAAAAACGUCAUCAUUAGGUACCUUAACUGUCAUUUCUUCAUGGUAUGAGACUAGGCGGUUGACUUUACUUUUCCAAGUUGCAGGAGCCACUUACCUCUCAGAAGUGUUAUGAAGUAGUUAGAAAAAGCGUCUGGUAAAAAAAGUAUUAAAAAACCAACUAUUAUUAUUGGUCAUUUGUCUGACCUUGGAGCUUCAAAAAAAAAAUAGGUGGAAGAACUAUGUGAUGUAGUAAGAAGUCCUUCAGUGCUCUUUAUCACAGGAAUCAGUGAUUGUUUAAAACACUUAACUUGCUCUAAGCAGUUUAUACCAAGAAUGGACUUAAAUGUUAUUCCUAUUAGUCAUACCUGUGCUUUACCCAUUACGCUUAUAAACGUCUAGGCUUUACGUUUUCUGUCUCAUUUAAGAGACAGUACACUUCUAAAAAUAAUACCUAUAGUUUAGGAUAAAUUUUUGGCCAGCCAGUUUUUUAUAAAAGGCAAGUUUAUGUUAUACUUGAACCUACUUCACAAAUGCCUUUUUAUAAAGGAAAGGUCUUUCCCAACUGUGAAGAAAAGUACCUGAAGUCAGAGAUACAGAGCUGCUGGUCAUUUUGAUUGGAAGGUUCCAGUUGUUAGAUUAAUUUCACCUUUAUAAAAUAAUGUAAUUUCACGAAGAGUCUUACCACCUGAAAAUAAAGCCCCUGCACCUAUACAGUGCAGAGUUUGGAAAUAAAAUUUCAGCUCACCUAUAUAUCGUAGAUCUGUAGUAAUCCACAGUUACCAUCAAAGGUUAGAAUCAUUAGGUUGACUUGCAUACUUGUCACUCAUUCUGGCCACAUAUCAUGGAGAAUUUAAAAGAUUUUAUUUGUUGUCCCUAAUGUGCAGUUGUGUUGUUUUUGUUGUUUUUAAUAAUGAUGUUAAGUGAGUUUGGUUCAUGUACAUUCCAUGUUAAUAAUCAUACUUUUGAAAGAAGCAAUCCAUGUAUUCCAAAAUUCAGGAGUCCAAACAAAAGAAAGCCCUACUCCCCUGCAAAAUCUCUACAGAAAUAAAAGAAGUAAAGAGUUCUGCAUUUCAGGGUUGGCUUGCUGAACCAGCAAAGACAUUUGGCUGUAUGAUUCCAAGAUUGGAAGUGUUUUUCUUUUUUGUACUCUCAAUUGUGUUCUCUUCAAUAAAUCUCUUACAGAAGUCUCUACCUCAGGCACUAAGUGUUAGAUAUCAUUAGCAUAUUGAUACCAAAAAACUUAGCUAGGACUCCCAACUUUUUAAGAUAAUUUAAAUGUAAAAUUCAACUGUUAACCAGCAAUUUAAUGUCAUGUGAUGUGCAGUUUGGAUAUUGUAUGAACAGCUAAGGAGUCACCCAUUCUAGUGCCAAAGAUCACUCGUUGCUAAUUUUGUUCUGUACAGUUGAUGUAAAAUUUUAUAGUGGGGACAGACUCUGCUGAGGGCCUUGUCUCUAGGAAGAUUUUUUGUUAGUUCCAGAUGUUUUUGUCAGUUCCAAAUACAGUUUAGAAGAUUCA